AAGCAACAACAAAAAAAUGAAAUUUUUUAAAUCAAAUCAACAUAACAACGAUGUCUGAUGACAAUUGCAUUUUUUGCAAUAUUGCCAGUGGCCAAGAUGCCGCAACGAAGCUAGAGAUUGAAACGGAUGAAUUUGUUGUUUUUCGGGAUAUUAAACCAGCUUAUACGCACCAUUACUUGGCAGUGCCAAAAGAGCAUUAUGCCAAUCUGAAGACUUUGAACAAAUCACACGAAGGCUUGGUCACACGCAUGGAAGAGGGCUUGAAAAGAUUUUUGGAAGAGAAAGGAAUAAGCGAAACAGAUGCAUUGUUCGGCUUCCAUUUGCCGCCAUUCAUUACAGUCGGUCACUUGCACAUGCACGCAAUUGCGCCUCGUUCGGAAAUGGGCUUCCUCUCCAGAAUGAUUUUCAAAACAACAAAUGAUGCGCGGCUUUAUCUAAGAAGCAAAGAAGACUAAAAACGUCAACAGAAACGGGAGGCGAAACAAGGCCAAAAAUAUAAAUAUUUAAGCCCUUUUAGUGAAAUUAGCUGAAAUAUAGUUAAUAAUUCAUAAUUAUACGAUCUCUUGACUCGUCCGCAGUGGCAAGAUUCUCCACCAUAGAUCUGGGCGCCGCCUCGGAUGCAUUCGCAGUGCUCUGAAGCCGCCACAGAUCCAGUUAAGAUUAAGUGCGGAAUAUUCAAGAACAGGCGGCUUUUUAUCUGCAGUGCUAGAAGGCGGGAAAUUGUAAUUGCCUUAUUUAAUGUGUGCAUUUCUUAUACCCAUGCAUGUAUAGCUCGCAAAACAUUGAGUGAAAUAAUGUACUUGGAUGUGUUUGUUGAUGGUUUCAUUUUGAGAGAGAAAGGAGAGAGCAGCAAUAAAAUAAUUGACAUACAAUCAUUGCGGAUGCCAAAGAGAGAGAUAGGAAGAGAGCCGCCUCAGCAUAUUUGUGUUUUUGCGGUCUGGUCUUGCUAUGCUGCCAUCAUUUUAUUCCAUUUCGUUUUGUUUAAGUUCUUCUACACAUCGCGUGCUACAGCUCUUGUGUUUUCAAUAUAUAGUAUUAAUAAUA